UCCCUUUACGUACUGUCCUAACUUGUACUGCCGUCUGGUUGGAACUUCGGGAGUUGUAACUUGUGCUCAGACGCUCAGUGGUAGACGUUCUGCCACCCGAAUCUCGACGAUUGUUGUUAUUAAUUACUCAUUACGUAUUUAUAAUUAAAUUUUAUUUUUUACGUCGCAGCAGCUGCAGCUGGCCAGUGACCAUUCGGUAUUCAUAAAUUAUUGUGAUUUGUAAUCAUAAAGCGAUUAAUCACGAUCGAGUAUCAACCGCGUCUUACGACAGUAACGUUAUUUUUAUUUUAACACUCGUCAGUGGUGAUAGAUCAAACGCCUUGGUCACGGUUUGUAUUGCUAAACAUACGCACAGAUUCAUAUACGAGUUCAUAUAUAAUAUAUUUAUAUAUCCCAAAAGAUAUCCACCUAAACGUACGGUUUUGGCAGCUACAACGUCAUUGUUUGCAUAAUAAAUUUGCACGUUCUCGAACUACACGACUGCUAUCAAUGGCGGACGAGCUAAUCAAUUACAAAUUGCAACUGCAGCAGAUGCAGCAAUGGGAAACAUUAUUAGCAUCAUCUGUAUCUUACAUCGGCAUCAUCCAAAGUAUCAAGAGAAAAAUUGCUGUUCAUAAAAGUCUUCAGAUUUGCUUUACCUGCAUUAUACCCAAUUCACCUGGCACCAGCAGUUGGAACAGUUGUAGCUGAUAUUUAUUCACCAACUGAUUGGUUACUGUAAAAACAAACAACCAUGGACUCAGCCAUGUUGAACAUUCUACAUCCGGAUGUAAUCGUUUGUACGCACCGGUAGAAGCUGCAUUGACAAAUAGUCCCGAUGACCCAGAACUCAUGAAAUUAAAAACCGAUUUAGAAGAAGUUAUUGAAUUAACUGCUGAACUUGUAAGAACGCAAACUCAGCCAAAAAAAGAAGUUGUUCAAACAAAAAAAGAAUCAUCUUAUCAACCUGAUAUACUACCAUCUGUUGCAAAGACGAAAGGGGAAUGGAAAUCAGGGGACAGAUGUUUGGCUCAGCUAGCGGAUGAUGGUAAAUUUUAUGAAGGUACUAUUGAGACUAUUGAUGGAGAAGCGGUGGCAGUUUUAAUUGAUGGACAAAAAGCCGCUGCAGUAACAACACUAGAUUUUAUUAAAGAUUUACCUAGAACUCAUCCUAAUGAAAUGAAACACAAGAAACAACCAGUAGCCAAGUAUAGAGAAUAUCAGAAGAAAAGAAAACUUGCUAAACAGCAGAGGUUUAAACAAUUAGAAGAGGAACGUGAAGUAGAAAAAAAUAAAUGGCUAGCAUUUGCUACUAAAGGUGUGAAAAAAGGCAUACCAAAAAAAAGCAUAUUUGCCUCUCCUGAUAAUGUUAAUGGACGAGUUGGCAUUGGCACCUGUGGCUUAGGCGGAAAAGGUAUGACUGAAUUUCCAACUGCUGAGAAAAGAAAAAAAUAAGACUGCAAUCAAUGUAUUGUAUUAAAAUUAUGUAAAAAAAAAAAAUUUAAGGCUAUCAUAUCAACAUGCUUGUUUUACCUUUAUUAAUUGUAUUUUUUUUUUUUUAUGUUUUAAUGUAUAUUUUUUUCAUGAAUAUAAGUUAUAUUUAUAUGUAAUUAAAUUAAAAUUACAACUUAUUUAAUUUUAUAAAAGCAUUAUUACGGUAUAAAUAAAAAUAUACAUUUCAUAGAAAUAUAAUAUAAUAUGGGUACUGGUUUGUUAUAGCCCCGACGGGGGUGAGUGGAAACGUUGUGCCCUGCCACUCAUGUUUGUUUCUUCCCGCCAUCCAUAAUAAUAAAUACAAAAAAUAUUGAGUUUAUUUAUUGGUAAUUAUUAAUUUAAUAAGUAAUAAAUUCUAAUUUGCAAUAACACAGAUCUCAACGUAAUCAAGUCAAUCAUGAUACAAUUUUGUGGUCCAUAACUCAGGAGCACACACACAAAAUGUUGAGAGUGUGGGGUUCGGCCAAAUGGGAAAAUUAAUUGACACUAACUUACAAAUGGUUCAAAACUAAAUAAUAGUGAUCCAUUUGAAACAAUUUUAAAAGAUGUAGAAGAAUUUCGGGUAUUAUGGAAAGCCUAAACAUUUAAUACAUUUUUUAACAUUAUGUCAUUAUUUUAUAUUUAUACGAUGUAUUUAUUAUUAUGGAUGGCAGGGGGAUAACAAACCUGAGUAGUGGGGUUAUAAAGUUUUCACUCUACCUAUAACAAACCAGUACCAUAGUAUGUAUGGUAUCAUGGUAAAUCAUAUUAAAUUAAAAUAGUGACGAGACACAUACAUAUAGUUGUUCAGAAAAUGAAACAGAUAUUUAAAACGCAUUUUUAUAUAUAUUUAUCUAAUAUAUAAAUUAAUGAAACACUAUUGAAUAUUGUUCGAGUAAAUAUUAAAUUUAUUUGUUAUUGUGCCUAUAAUUUAUUUACAUGUGUAUGGAACAUAUUAUUUUAAAUUAUAUUGCUAGGUAUAUUAUGCAUUAUUCAGCCACUGCGGUUUUAACCAUAUUAAUAACAAUUAAAAAUAGCGUAGGUAUAUAAGUAUACCAAUACUAUAUACAUACUGAGCAUUUACCAAAUAAAUUGUUAGCUAUCAUAGUUUAAAACAAAACAAAGGUUUCUUAUCAUUAAUUAAUUAAUUUUAUCUGUAUAAUAAUUUAAUCAUCUAUCCAGUAAUAGAUAUUUUAUAGAAAGUUGAAUAUGUUUUUUAUGGGUGUAUCUAAUAAAUAUUAAAUGUAUUUAUCAUUUACA